AUGGCCGAGGUAAUUGACCUGCGCGGCGACAGCUCUGGAGACGAGGACGCCGCGCCCGUCGCGAAGCGCGCGCGCACGUCGACGGACAAGAACGACGGCGUCGACGGCGCCGAUCCGGCGCCGCCCGCCAAGCCGCUCCUCGCGAAGCGGCGCGAUGAGCGCGGCGCGAUGACGGCGCCGGCGGCGCCCGCCGACGCCGCGCCGGUGCCGCGGCCGACAGCCGUCGACGCGGCGCCGCCGGCCGCGGCGCCACCCGACGCGGCGCCGCGCCCGAAGCGCCGCCGGCCGCGCCGCGCGGUCGACCUCGCCGACGCGGCCGCGGCGCUCGACACCGACACGAUCAAGGGCUGGAUGCGCGACCGCUCGGCCAUCGUCGACGUCAAGCGGCCGCGCUACGACGCGGUCGCCGCGGCGCCCGCGGACCCGCUCGCGCCGCGGCUCGCGCCCACCGCGGCGCCCGAGCUCGCCGCCGUCGUGGCGCGCCUCCACGGUGGCGACGGCGCCUCCGCGCGCGCGCUGCUGCCGGUCAACCGCCACGGCGCUGAAGCGGCGCCGGCGCCGGCGCCGGCGCGCUUCUCGGCGCGCUUCGACGACGACGAAGACGACCUCGACGCGGCGCCCGGCGCCUGCGUGCCGUUCGUCCGACGAGGCACCGGCUACACGCCCUUCGUCGUGUGCCCGGAUCAUCAGCGGCGCGAGGCGUGCCGCCUACGCGACGAGUGCCCCGCGGACAUCCACGUCCUUUUUGGUGGUGGGUACGCGCUGUACGACUGCGUCGUGCGCGACGCCGACGGGAAUAUAGUGGUGGAGAACGGGAAGUUCAAGUGCGAGUGCGGCGCGGCGUGGACGACGCGCCACCCGACCAGCGGACACUGUACGAGGUGCGGCGGCUACGAGGAGGGGCUGGCAUUAGUGUCGCGGUGCGAGUCGGAGGGCACGACGCCCCCGCACUGGAUGUACACGCGCGACCGCGCCAUAGCGGCCCUCGCCGCCGCGGAGGACGAGGAUAUCAAGGCGCAGGCCGAGUUCGAGAAGACGGACGUCGCGAAGAAGUUGCUGCGCGAGAUUCGCGGCGGCGGCGGCGGGUUAGUGAUAGACGAGGGUUCGUGGAACAAGCAGCGCCCGCCCCCGCUGUCCUGGGCCGCGUCGGACACGUGUGCGACGUCGGCGUUUGGCGUUGACGCCCCGCUCCUCGCAUGCUUCGCGCCGGCGACGCCGUGCCCCCUGGAAGCGACGCGGCCGAGCUUUGUCGCUCGGUAUGAAGGUGCGGAGCGCGCGUCGCGGCAUCAGACCACGACGGCGGCCCCGACGGAGAAGCGCAUCGUCGAGAACGAGGGUGCCACCUACCACACGGAUUACAUGGACCCGUCGCCGGCGACGGUGGAGGACGCGCUUCCUAGCGAACACGGUUCUGAGCGCGGCCGCGCCGGUGUUCGUGUUAAAAAAGAGAAGAAGGCCGCGGAGAAACAGCGGAUCGAAAACUCGACGAAGGCGAAGUACGGAGGGGGCCUGGACUACGACAAGCGAUGUCCGAGGGAGCUGGCCGGGGAGCGAUGCAUCACCAAAAACAACAAGAAGGCACCCUGCCGCUUCUGGCACGCGCCGGACGGCAAGGGCGCGCACCCGAGGUACAUUUGGGACGCGGACCUGGGGGAGUGCGUCGAGCACGACCAGCCGACUUACAAGUCGAAGUGGGGCGCGUUCUGUGCACGGUGCGGUUCGGCGAAGGGGGGCGGGGCGGACUGCGUCGGCGGGGCGGACUGCGUCUCGUGA